AUGUAAUUUAUAUAAAAAUAACAUAUUCCCAAAGCUCUCAGUUUUAUUUAAGCUGUAGAAUUCCUUGCUGAAUACCUAGGUAAAUCAUCUGAAAGUAUUAAUUUAUUUCUAAUAAAGAGCGAAUUUAUCAGUAUUUCUUGGCCUUGGAAACAUUGAAAUUGCUUGUAAAACUAAGAAAAUGGGCAUUGGUGGAUAAGUGUGGGUUGAUGAUUUCAGAGAAUAACAACUAUUCUGAAACAGAUUUUCAAGAAGAUGAGGCUGCCAUACAAUUCCAGCAAAAUUUGGGAUCUCUGGAAUAUAAUCCAUCAGUUGUCAAUGAAAAAUCAAUAAAAGAUGAACUCAAGUCAAUCAAAGAUCCGAUUCCAAAAUUCAAUCUAGGCUAUUAUGAUGUGAUUCAAGAUAAACAAACUUCUCUAUUAACAAUGCUGCCAAUUCCAAAUAAUGUGAAGUAGAAAGAUUAUUAAUCCAAACUUAAUUAACUUAGAGUAUUAUGUCAUUUGCAAUGAUUAGAUUUAAAUCGGAGAAAUCUUGCAUCUCUUUCGUCCAUUAAUAUAUUGCGCAUUGAUUCUUAAAUAUGGUGGAGACAGCUACACACCAUAUUUUAUCUCAUUCAUUAUUGAUUUAUUAAGGUUACUUAUAGAAUUCAGAAUUAAAAUCUAUAGAAAAAGUCAGAAAGAGGAACUUGCAAUCAGAGCCAAAGAAGCUAUAGUAUUUAUACAUCUAUAUUAUCAAGAUCUGCUAUAUUUUAAGAAAUCCAUUCUACGGUUCAAUUGUGAAGCAAAUAAUCUUAAGUAACACAUUAGGGAAGGUGUUUAACCAAUAAGGAUGGACUUAUAGACUAAUAUUAGCAUUGAUUGAGUUAAGAUCAUCAAAAUGUCUUUUAUUGUGA